UUGGCAAGACAUCGUGAACAAAGUGAAUGCCCAGAUGGAUGAGGAACAAGCCCCCCUGCAAAGCCUUCACCUGCCCGCCAGAGCCGAGCAAACGUUCUCGAACCGCAAUCGAAUGCUAAGCAAUCAGCAGCAAGGGGCUGAACAGCGACAACCGCGAGCUGGCUGGGAAGCAGGGAAAGGAGGCGCAGAUGAGGAGGAACUUCAAAUGGAUGCUGGUAUGAUUGAAAGAGAAGAGAACUCGCUUCCUCGGAAGGAAUCGGUGAUCCAGGAACCAAUGGUACCAGAGGAUGCUGCCGACCCCGCCCAGGACCCCAACAAUCAAGGAGAAGACGAAUUCGAAGAGGCAGAGCUGGAGCGGCCUGAUGUUGAAGAGAAAGCAGGCCAAGCCAGCCAACUUGGCCAUACGGACCAGCCAGCUAAAGACGCCACAAAAGAGAAGAUCCCAAAGGAUGCUGCCAGGCUGAGGAAGGCUGCGGACGAUCCGAUGGAAGAUUAUCAAGAAGAUCAGGAACAGGAUCUGGAGGAUCACGGCGGGGAGGCGGAAGACGCCGACGACCUGGAGGCGGUCCGAGAAGCCAGAGGCCGAGCGGAAGGAGGCGGCAAAAAAGACGACUACUAUUGAGGGUUCUUGCAGCUUGGGGGAGACCUGAGAACUUGGAAGGAGGACCCGGCCUGGCGGCUGCGGCAGCAAAACUGGGCUCAUCGCUUGAGCCGCAAGCCCUGAAAGGCGGCACUUCUAGAGACGAUCACACUGACAAUGCAAACGCAGACGUCUCUGCGUGCCCGGAGAGCGAGUCCAGGUUGGCACAGGAGGCAGCUCUCGGAAAGACUCCCUUCCCCCGUCUCUCUCCCUUUCCGUGGUUUCUUGAGGAAGGGGGCUCGGGGGAAAAAAUCAAGAUCCCUCUUUGGGUGAUUGCUCCCUUCCCUGGUUCAAGAAUUAUUUUUUAAGAUUUGGGACGCGGGGAGGAGCCGACUCUGCGCGACUCCAUUACCCUCGGCCUGCUUGCACCGGCCCUUUUCCCGUCGUCCCGGACUCACUCCGCCGCUCUUUAAUGCAAGGUCUGGCCAUCUUUGUAUGAAUAUAUAAAACAAAUCCUUUUGGU